AUGCCAUCACAAUUGGAAGAACUUGUGUCCUUUUUACACUCGCCUCAACCGGCUGUUAGACAAAUAGCGUUAGAUAAUUUGAUCGGUUUUAGUACCGGUCCAGCUUCGUCUUUGUUCAAAUAUGACAAUUUCACUCCAGUUAAAGAUUUGAAAGAAUUAGCUAAGGAAAACUCGAAAAUUUUGGUUCAACAAUCUAUAACUAUUUUGGUCAACCUAUGUGACGAUGCUACCAUGAGAAAAAUCAUCGCUGAUGAUACUGAGUUCGUCAAGUAUUUGAUCACAAAGAUUAUUGACUUGAAGAAUACAAAUGCCGAUGUUAUGUGUAUUCUUUUGAGUAACUUAGCUAAGGAAGACACUAUAACAAGUGUUUUUGAUAUGGUAAGAGAAUCCUCGAAGGACUUGGACGAAGUUUUCGGAAGCUCAAAACUAAUAGACUGUUUGAUGGACUGUUUUGUCAAAGGUUAUGAUAGAGAAUUGAAUAAAUACGCUAACUUUGAUUAUUUGUCCUAUUUCUUCGCCGAUAUUGCAAGAUUCAGAAGGGGUAGAGAGUAUUUUAUCAAUAAACAAGAAUAUGACGGCGUCUGUCCAAUUUCUAAACUACUCGUAUUUACUGAAAAAUACGACUCAAAGACAAGAAGAGAAGGUGUCGCUUCUACUAUUAAAAACUCUUUGUUUGACUCAGAAACCCAUGAAAGAAUCCUAAAUGAUGAAACUAUCAAUCUUCUACCUUAUAUUUUGUUGCCAAUUACAAAUUCUAAGGAUUCUGAGAUUGACGAAGAAGAUAUGUUCAACUUACCAGAUGAACUUCAAUUGUUACCAGAAGACAAGGUUAGAGAUCCUGUAACUUCGAUUAUUUGCACUCAUUUAGAAAGUAUUUUGUUGUUGUGUACCACGCACGCUUCAAGAGAAUAUUUGAGAGGGAAAUCUGUCUAUCCAUUAAUCAGAGAAUUACAUAAAAAUGUAGAAGAUGAAGACAUUGGUGACUUAUGUUACAGGAUUGUUAAUAUGUUGAUGAGAGGUGAACCAGAAAUAGGUCCAGUUGAAGAAAUGCCGGUUAAAAAUGCUGAGGAUGGCGAUGUUGAAGAAGAUGAUGAAGAUGAGGAAAUGAUUGAAGUUGCAUAA